UUGUGCCUGUAUUCAUCCCACAGGACUGAACAACUUGUUUUUUUCAUUAUGUCUCCUUUGCAGUAAUUUGUUCUUAUUAUAUUUGACAAAUAAGAGUUGUGCUAGUCUUUAGGGUUAACGUGUUUAAAUGAACAAACACGUCCUCGCACACUGAGCUCCUGUCCAUCUCGCUGAUUGAAACUUCAGCAGAGAAAGAUGUUGCAACUUGUCCCAGGUAGGCUGAGAGAGAAAAAUCCAGGGAGAAACAUACCCUAUCACUAUUAUGUGAGAAAUAGAUUGUAGGGCAUAUGUGGUUGGGAAAGUAAUGACAAAUACAGCAAACACUGAUGGAGUAAUACUGAUAAUCCACCUGAGAGAUGAAUCACAGGUUGGAUUUUCACCUCUCUGCUAUAAACCAAGCCCUGCCGUCUGUUUGGAGGUCAUGUGACUGGGAAAGGAGGGGGAGAGGAUUGGAGGAGAGGAGCAGAAAGCUAAGGUGAGACCACCUCCACUACUCAAGUUUUACCUUUACUCUGCAGGCAACACCUAACACCUACACUGAGCACCUCAGAGAGCCACAUACAGCAGCUCUAACAACAACUGGAUACCUCAUAACUGUUUUAUUUUCUCUGGACGGUGGGAUGCAUUUUACCAAUCCACCACCAUCCCUGUAGGAAUCAACCUGGCACUUUUCAGUGGACUGACACUUAAUAUUGGACUCUUAAUAGCUCGGACAUGUUUGGCCCAAGGCAGUUGGUAUCUACUCUCCUGCCUGCAGUUUUCCAUUCACCGGCAGCUCACUUUUUCCCUGCAUUCCCAACCAGACUGGGCUCUCAACCUCAGAUCCUGAUCCCGGGGCCUUUUAUCAGCUAUGAAUCCUUGAGGAAUUAUCUGCAGCCAGAGCCAUGCAAGGAAGCUUUGCUCCUGGCCACACAGGCGGUUGGGAUGGGGCCACUCACAGAGGGCAUAGAUGAACAGAGGCCAGUGAAGCAGCGUCGUGCAAGAGCCAACUACAGCAGCUGGCAGCUGGAGGAGCUGGAGAAGGCCUUCGAGACCACCCACUACCCAGACAUCUUCAUGAGGGAAGCCCUGGCCGUCAGACUGGACCUCAUCGAGGCCAGAGUACAGGUUUGGUUUCAAAACCGCCGUGCCAAGAUGAGACGACAGCUGAAACUCCAGGGUCAGCUUGCAGCGCCCUAUCCAAACAGAGACAAUGAUGAAACAUCUGAGAAAGCGGGCAGGAGUUUAAGACAGCAGACAGAAAGCUCUGACAGCGAGUACUGUGAGAGACGACAGGAAGGAGAAGAAAACUAUCCAUGGACAAAAGCUGCGGGUGCUGCACUGAGUGUACAUAUGCAGCCUGUGACCCAGAGGUCGGGGAAAUGGGAGAGGCCGGAGGGGCCGGAGGAGCCGAGUACAGAGGAGCUCCGCUCCUGUAGCAUCGCCAAGCUGAGAGCCAAAGCCAGAGAGCAUGAGGCCGAGAUCCACAGCACCGUAAACAUGUCAGGAGGCGACAUACAGUCACAAACACAGGAAACUUAUGCCAAGCACAGUGAUUGAUCAUUUUUCUACUUCCUGUUUGUACAGAUAACCAUAAAAAGCAAUGUACAUUAUUACUGUGCCAGAACAUACUUUCUGAACCUUUUUGAG